AUGUUGUCUCGUAUUAAGUCCUUGAUCUUUCUUACCGUCCUUCUGGUGACUGCGGUUUCGUUGGCCUAUUCUUCCAUCCUUCUCCUGUUCGCCCCGCCAAGUCGGAAUAUCUAUCAAUACCCGCCAUCUUCAAAACCACCCUUAAACCCUCUACAUUGUAUACCGCCUCCACAGAAUCCCCUCAUAAAGCCAGCUUUGCGGGAGAACAUCGCUAAAACGAAAGAAUCGCCACCUCUAAAGGAAUGGGACUCAUCUAAAUACCUGAAAGGACCUCCAACUGACAAUCAUUAUUAUGAAGCCAAUCAACUCAUGAGCUAUACCAACAUGAUUUAUCUGGGAAUGAUAUCGGGACGAGUACCGAUUAUACCACCGUUUGGACCAGAUCACCACAUCUCCCUGGACGCCGGCGUCGUUCCUUUCGGGAAUAUUUUUAAUAUGAGCCGCGCCAGAGACCUUAUGAGAUAUCCUUUGCUGGAAUGGCGCGACGUGAAGAAACUGCCUUCAACGAGCUCAAGCGAAAUCCCUCUACCCGAAGAGCGUGAAGAGCUGGGCUGUUGGUCAACCCGGCACGGAAAUGACCCACUUCCCUUGCGAGUCAAAUGGGUGAUGGAUCAUCUCAAGCUGGAUAUCUCAUACACUCGCGCCCCAACCGAGGCCCGCAACAAUCCCAGCGAUGGGAAUGACGAUUUUCUCAUUUUCCAUAAGAUGAUGCAGUUCAUUUUCCCUCGGAAACCCCGUCCACCGCCGAACGGGCAUUACGAGAUCAUGAUGGAAUCGCCUCUGGGAAGACGUCUCCUACCUGACGAGCAUAUGUCGUGUUUCGAUUUUCUCUACUAUGUCACUACAGGCGAGACCUACGAGUACAAGUUUGCAUGGUCACCUGCCUGGACAAAGGUCGCAACACAUUUGCACUUUACCGAUGACUUGGUUAAAAUGGUUGAAGGCUACCUUGCAAGAGCCUUUGGUACUUCAGAGAACAAUAUCCCACAGUUUAUUGCUGUUCAUAUCAGGCGGGGUGACUUCGCGAACCAAUGUUGGGAUACCCCUGGGAACUGCUUAGCACCUCUCUCCACAUUCGAGAAGCGCGUCGAAAAGAUACGAAGAGAGCUCCGCGAUAAGCACAAUAAACGCGUGAAGCAUGUUCUCGUCACAUCAGACGAAAAGGAUCCAGAAUUUUGGGAUGAGGUUCAGGAACUUGGAUGGGUAACCAUUAAUCACGAAGAAGAGCGCACAUUUAAAAAAUACGGCGAAUGGUACCUUCCGAUUGUGGAAUUUGUGGCACAAAGUAUGGCCGUUGGUUUUGUAGGCACACACGACUCCACGUUCAGUCUGGUCAGCGCGCGGCGGGUAGAAGAUUGGAACAAUGGACCGACAUCAUAUGUUCAACAUUUUGAGAAGGAGUAA